AUGGAGAAGGAUAGGAGAGGAGGACUAACAAAGAGGAUGGGAGCCUAUAUGAGGUGGAAAGAUGAGAGAAUGGCUCUCGAGAGUGACCCUUAUGAGGAAGGGCUGGGAUAUUGUCCAGGGCUCAGGCAUAUACAACACGGCUCCGUCCAGGAAAAUUUACAAUUUUCCUCGGCCCCUUCCCAUGGUCUGUAUGUAGCCGGGGGAGUCGCGAUGUCCUCCGGUCCCUGUGUCCAAGAGCUGCCCAGUUCUGGCAGUUUGCCUCCCCACAGCAGCAAAAGGAAGACUUGCGAGAACCGUGGAGGAGCGGGGAAAAGCUCUGGGCUGACAUAUCCAAUAAAAGCCCUAGGAGCGGAUAUAAGCGCUGCUCUAAUCUGGCUGGACCAAUCAACUGCUCAGGCAUCCAUCCCAAUUUCCCAAGGCCUUAAUCUGGAGCCUUAUGAAACUCGUUUAUUUCCAAUUAUGUCCAUCAGAUCAGGAGCCCCCCUUUAUUUAAAUUUAAAAUUAGAACAUCCCCAUCACCCUCCACCGUCGCCGGGCACGAUUUGUCACAGUCUCGAGCUUAACCGGGUCAAUAGUCGCUGGUAA